GGCCCGGGGCGCGGGGCGCUGGGCUCGGACCCCCGACCAGAACUGGAGGAGUUCAGGCGCGGCUCCCUCCAGUGAGGGAUGCACCUGCCGCCGUGCCACCAGGGCGGGGAUUUCCGCCGCCCUCUGGCCGGCAGUUGGAGGAAAGAGAAAGUGAAAGGGGAUCCUCAGGCUUGGGGCUGAAGAGAUCGCGGCGCCAUGAAGCCCCUGUCCCUACUCCUGGCCGUGGCUUUGGGCUUGGCGGGCGCCGUCUCGGCGGGGCCGGCCGCCAUCGAGUGCUGGUUCGUGGAGGACGCGGGCGGCGGCCGCCUGGCCAAGAGGCCGGCCGCGCUGCUGCUGCGCCAGGGCCCGGGGGCGCCGCCGCCCCGGCCCGACCUGGACCCCAAGCUCUACCUCCGAGUGCACGACCCCGCGGGCGCCCUGCGCGCGGCCUUCCGGCGCUACCCGGCCGGCGCCCCGGCCCCGCACUGCGAGAUGAGCCGCUACGUCCCGCUGCCCGCGCCCGGCAAGUGGGUCAGCGGCCUGGCCCCGGGGCACAGCUGCCCGCGGGCCCUGGACGGGCCCUGGUUCAUGGUCAGCGUGUCCAGCCCGGUCGUCAGCCUCUCCAGCCUCCUGCGCCCACAGUCCGAGCCCCAGCCGGAGCCCGCAGUCAUCACCGAGGCAACAGCCGUGCUGACUGUCGUCACCCACACCCCUACCACUCGAACCCGCCUGGGACAGGACGCUCUGCUGGACUUGAGCUUUGCCUACACACCCCCUACCCCAGAGGCCGCUGCUUCUCUGGCCCCAGGUCCCCCUCCCUUUGGGCUGGAGUGGCGACACCAGCACCAGGGUAAGGGGCACCUGCUCCUGGCUGCAACUCCUGGGCUAGAGGGGCAAAUGCCAGCUGCCCGGGAUGGGGCAGUGGCGUUUGCCGCUUGGGAUGAUAGUGAGCCCUGGGGGCCGUGGACUGGCAAUGGCACGCUCAGGCUGCCCAGAGUGCAGCCCCGCCAGGAGGGCGCCUACCUGGCCACCGUGCACCUCUCAUACCUGCAAGGGCAGGUCGCUCUGGAGCUGGCUGUGCAGAAGCCCCCCAAAGUGUCCCUGACGCCAGCACCUCUGGUAUGGGCUGCCCCUGGGGAGGCUCCCCCAGAAUUGCUCUGCCUUGUGUCCAACUUCUACCCCGCGGAGGGCCUGAAGGUGGAGUGGGAACUCCGGGGCCCGGACGGCAGCAUUCGGGAGGCCGAGGGGCACCGGUGGCUCUCGGCCCUGCACCACCACUCGGACGGCUCCAUCAGCCUCUCGGGGCACCUGCAGCCGGCCCCGGUCACCUCCGCUCAGCACGGGGCCCGCUAUGCCUGCCGCGUCCACCACCCCAGCCUGCCCGCCCUGGGGCGCAGCGCUGAAGUCACUUUGGAGGUGGCAGGUCGCUCUGGACCCUCCCUGGAGGAUGGCAUCGGCCUCUUCCUGUCCGCCUUUCUGGUCCUAGGGCUCCUCAAGGUGCUGUGCUGGGCAGCUGUCUACCUGUCCGCUUCCAAGAAGUCAGAGAAGGAGGUAAAAGCGCUCCACCUUCGCCCAAUUCUUCCCUUCUCAUCCAUUCCCGUCCCCCAACUCCUCACCCACGGAGGGAGGCUGCGGGUGUGGUGGCAGAACUCGGCCUCGGAAGAGUGUCGUGUACUCAGAAACUUCUCUUCAGUUUACGCCGUGGUGUCGGCCCUGCAGUCCAGCCCCAUCCACAGGCUUCGGGCAGCCUGGGGGGAAGCAGCCAGGGACAGCCUCCGGGUUUUCUCCAGCCUCUGCCAGAUUUUCUCCGAGGAGGAUAACUACUCCCAGAGCCGGGAGCUACUCCUGCAGGAGGCGAAAGCACAGCCCCAUCUGGAGCCCAAUUCCAAGAAGGCCCCCAAGACUGGCUCCCGGGGUGGGGGUGUGGUCCCAUACCUUGGCACCUUCUUGAAGGACCUGGUGAUGCUGGAUGCGGCCUCCAAGGAUGAGCUUGCGAAUGGAUACAUCAAUUUUGACAAGCGGAGGAAGGAGUUUGCUGUCCUUUCUGAGCUGAGGCGGCUCCAGAAUGAAUGUCGUGGCUAUGACCUGCGACCCGACCCUAACAUCCAGCAGUGGUUACAGGGGCUGCGGCCACUGACAGAGGCCCAGAGCCAUCGAGUGUCCUGUGAGGUGGAACCACCUGGUUCCGGUGACCCUCCUGCCCCUCGAAUGCUUCGGCCUACGCUGGUCAUCUCGCAGUGGACAGAGGUUCUUGGCUCUGUUGGGGGUCCCACCCCGCUUGUCUCCUGGGACCGGCCCAGUGUUGGAGAUGAGGUGCCUGGAAACCCUGCUCCUCUGUUGACUCGCCUGGCCCAGCACAUGAAGUGGCCGUCUGUGUCAUCUCUGGACUCCGCCCUGGAAAGCUCUCUGUCCCUACACAGUCCGGCGGGCCCCAGCCACCUCUCCCCGCCAGCAUCCUCUCCUAGGCCUUCUCGAGGUCACCGCCGUUCAGCUUCCUGUGGCUCCCCACUCAGUGGGGGUGCAGAAGGGGCCUCCAGGGGGCCUGCAUCCGGGGGAGGGGGCUCUGGGCCAGGGGCUUCUGAUUGUCGAAUCAUCCGAGUCCAGAUGGAGCUGGGGGAAGAUGGCAGUGUCUACAAGAGCAUCUUGGUGACAAGCCAGGACAAGGCUCCGAGUAUCAUCAGUCGUGUCCUUAAGAAAAACAACCGUGACUCCGCAGUGGCUUCGGAGUAUGAGCUGGUGCAGCUGCUACCAGGGGAGCGAGAGCUGUCCAUCCCACCCUCCGCCAACGUCUUCUACGCUAUGGACAGAGCUUCACACGAUUUCCUCCUGCGGCAGCGGCGAAGGUCCUCCACUGCCACGCCUGGCCUUGCCAGCGGCCCCUCUGCCUCAGGAACGCCCCCAAGUGAGGGAGGAGGGGGGUCCUUUCCCAGGAUCAAGGCCACAGGACGCAAGAUAGCCCGGGCACUGUUCUGAGGAGGAAGCUCUCGGCUCACGGACUCCUGGAGACCACUCCAGAUGUGGUAGCCAUGCUGAACGGUGAUGUUACAUUGCAUUGGGAAGAACCCAGAAAGGUGGCGACUACCCUGGGGCAGUGAAGUGCCACUGGUUUGUCAGACAGACCCGCCCUGUGGGAACUGGUAAUGAAGUUGGAUGCCGUGUAUAACCCCCUUUUCCAUGAACAGAGCACAUGGCCAUGCCACAGCAUGCCAAGGGCCAAGGGAAGGCCUACAGGGGGAGAAGACAGACCUAGAGGCCCUGAGUCCCAGGAAGAGAGGAUGGCAAGAAGUAGUUCCUGUUCUGGGGAUUCCCGUCACUGUGACAACACUAAAAUAAACCAAAACACUACCUGAA